GGGGGCCGUGGGCGGGCGGAGCCAAGGGACGCCCGGCCCGCCCCUCCCCGCGAGUCGCCCCUCCCCGCCGCGGCGCUGGAGGAGGGCGGGGCGGUGCCCCUCGGGUCAGUCUCUGCCUCCGGCACCGGCCGCGCAGCUGGAAGCGGCGGAGCGGAAGCCCCAGCCAUGGCUGCCAUUCGAAAGAAGCUGGUGAUCGUGGGGGAUGGGGCCUGUGGGAAGACCUGCCUCCUCAUUGUCUUCAGCAAGGAUCAGUUCCCAGAAGUCUAUGUCCCUACUGUCUUUGAGAACUACAUCGCCGACAUAGAGGUGGACGGCAAGCAGGUGGAGCUGGCUCUGUGGGACACAGCAGGGCAGGAAGACUAUGAUCGCCUGCGGCCUCUCUCCUACCCGGACACUGAUGUCAUCCUCAUGUGCUUCUCCAUCGACAGCCCCGACAGCCUGGAAAACAUUCCUGAGAAGUGGACCCCAGAGGUGAAGCACUUCUGCCCCAACGUGCCCAUCAUCCUAGUGGGGAAUAAGAAGGACCUGAGGCAAGAUGAACAUACCCGGAGAGAGCUGGCCAAGAUGAAGCAGGAGCCUGUUCGAUCUGAGGAAGGCCGGGACAUGGCGAACCGGAUCAGUGCCUUUGGCUACCUUGAGUGCUCAGCGAAGACCAAGGAGGGGGUGCGGGAGGUGUUUGAGAUGGCCACUCGGGCUGGCCUCCAGGUCCGCAAGAACAAGCGCCGGAGGGGCUGCCCCAUUCUCUGAGGUCCCAAGCCUCCCCUCCUCCCUUCACAGGGUGCAGGAACUCCCCCUGCCCCCAACAGCCCCACCCUAUUAGGGAUCCCUGCUGAAGGCUCCCUUUCCCAACUCCCUCCUGCCCAGGACUGCAUCGCGCUUCCCCAGCCCUGAUGGUGGUGGCCGUAGGCCCCGACUCAGCACUCUGGGAACCAGAGCACAGUCCCUCCUCCUGUUGCCUUGGUCCAGGGGUGGGGCUCUUGAUCCCUUUGGCCUUCCCCAGAGGAUCAUCACACCAGCACUUUAUACACUUCUGGCUCACAGGAGAGUAUGUGGGGUAGGGGACUUGGAGGGUGUAACCCAGAGUCCCGGGCCCCCGGUGUUUCUGCUUUGGGCAGGGGCCUUGCAUCUGGCUGUACUUGGUGUGGGGCAUGAAUAAAGGCCACAGGCUCCAA